AUGCCUAUCACCGCUGCCCAAGUUCUUGCCAAUCCCUCCCUCUUGACAAGCAAUCGUUCGAAAACAUCAUUCAAUUACCUCGACGGCCGUACUGGCGCCGUACUAUUUGAAGGGCGCGCGUUCAUAACCACUCCGAACGUCUACGCCGUCCAUGAGCCCGUCAUGGGGAAUACCCUUUUCAACGGCCCCAACCGUACAUGCGAGAACAUGCCCAUCUUGCUUGCAUCCGACGACCACCACCCAGCCGAGCCCUCACGCAAGACGUCAUGUUCAUGA